AUGCUCACGGUCCGAGGCUCGACUCACUUGUCUCAGACAGACUUUGCUGUGCUCUAUUCGACGUGGAUGGACCUGCUGGCGAAGACAGUGGUCAACCCGCUGCGGGCAAUACAUUUGACGGUGGCGCCGUCGCUCGAGUUUCUGAAGAUGACGCUGCCUAGGGAGCAGUCGGUCAAUGACAUGUGGGUGGACGAACAGAUCCUCAAGACAAUGCAAGCGCCGGCGGACCCCGAGGCUGCAAUGGGACAAGAGCAUCGUCCGUCAGACGACUGGAUUGCAGUGCGGCUAAAGGUUGACAAUGAAGUGUCGUGGCGGGCGCGUGGCUGGUUCCGGCAGAAGAGGUGGUCACUGUGGCGUGAGAGAAGAGACGAAGAGCCUGAGGGCCUAGUGGACUGGGACUGUGGAGACGAAGUUUGGAUGCACUUCAGUCCAGGAGAAGAGGUUGUGAGGCGGCAUGUCAAGAGCGGAGCAUCCGAGACACGCACGGAGGAUCGUCAGUGUGGUCCUGUGGCCGUGCGGCCCAGGCGUUACAGAGCGACAAGAACGGACGGGCGCCAGCUUGGCCAGCAAGCCAGCAAGCCAGUUGGGGAAUUGGGCGCCAUCUGGAGCCGACGGGAGCUCCGUGGGAUGUGGGCCAGACUCGAUCCGACCAAGGCCAAGCGAGGUCCCUUCGUCAAUGAGGAGUCCAUAAGAGGCCAAGUGAUUGACGAGCCGCAAACGCGAAACAAGAACUGA